AUGGAGGCGCGAGAGGCCGUUCCCCGGGGUUUCAAAAGGACCAUCCUAGAUAACGGCCACGAAGAGAAAGAUUGGAAUGCUUCGGCUUGCGAGCCUGAUGUCGAUUCCUGUUUCAAGAAAGUGAUGAAUUGUGGCCGAGCCCAAGACGAGGAACGGAUUGAAGCCUGUGUCCAAGGCGUGCUUGGGGCUGGGAGGCUCGUGCGGUUUGAUGUGUAUGAUCAUUCAAACAAUCCUCAGGGAUCCGCCGCAGUAGAGGUUUUAGAAUCUGUUCCUUGCAGUGACGGUUUUGGCGCGUUUACGGUGAAGCAUUUGGCCGCAAGCGAUGCGGGUUAUCACCAUUGGGCAAAAUCAGCCCUUGCGGAUCCUACCAAGAGUGUUUUCCAUUUGUGCGGUUGCAACGCCUGGGAGUGCGGUUGGAACAAGCGGAAUCGAAAGGUAACGCACAUAUCAAAAUGGAGACUUUCAUCAUUGAGCGAGUUGGCCGUGGAACCUUGGGCUAGUGCCACGGCUUUUGCUGCUUUGCGAGAGAAGGUACGCUUGGCCCCAAAAAUCCACUUGAGAAAGGUGGGAAAGCAGCCUUUGGCCCCGAAGGGCGCGGGCACUCAGGAGGAGCCCCCCAUCGACGUUGAGAACGAGGAGAGCGCCGAGCGUCAAGGUCAAAAGAUUCGUGAGGCGCUUAGGACUGGAAAGCCAGGUCUCCUUGAUGCCGCGGGGUUGGGUGGGGUAGACGGCUUGCCCUCACCCCGUGAUGAUGCGGCUGUUGGCGAGCCCCGAGGCGGAGGCAUCCAUGAGCAUAAGCGCCACGAAACACAUCAGUCACCAACUGUCCCGAAACGUCGGCGUGUUGACAAGGCCCUGGUAGAGGCUACUGGUAAAGAUGGCGACCAUCAUGAUCCAGGCAGUUUCUUGCACGAUAUCUCGAGUUCGCCCUUGAGGAUUGCGGGGCGUGCCGAUGCGGAGCCUUUGGCCGAAAGUUCCAAAAGGGAUCCGGGAACGUUGCUCAAAUCGGGAUUGGAGGAGAUGCGGCGGUAUUUGCUCGACAAACCGGGCGGCGGAGCUGCUGUGAGCGACACCGCCGAGGGUUUGCGUAACGCCCGUGAGAUUGUCACACUAUCCACCUCUUUGGAUCUACUCCUUUCCGGGCAAUUUGCAAGGUUGGGAGAUGUCCUCAUGCAAAGAUUGAAAGCCGUGGAAUCAUCAUUGACAGACGGUUGGGGUGUGGCGAAGCAUUACGAGUUGAUUCCGCCGUCCAAGCCCGCAAUCACCGCCGACAAGGAGCGGGACUUCGCAGCAAAGGCAGCUUUGCGUGCCGCAAAGCUAAAAGAGUCGUUGCAGAAGGCUCACAAAGGGGAGGCUCGUCCUCCAGAGGAGGCCACCGUACUAGAAGUCGAAGUUUGGAAGCGGAAACUGCCACUGCAGCGGACUCUUAUCGUGGAGGAGAUCGCCGCUCAGAAGAGCAUGCAAAAGGAUCAAAAGGCAAAGGCGGACGAGGCUUUCACCAAAAGGGGGAUGGCAAGCAUGGUCACAAGUGAGAUCGGCUGA